GCUUCCCGCGGCGUCCUUCUGCGUCUGCGUUGCGCGCUCGGCCCGCUCGCGGUGCGGCUUCCGUCGGAAGCGCCAUGUCGGACUCGGAGGAGGAGAGUCAGGAACGGCAGCUGAAAAUCGUGCUGAUCGGGGACGGAGCCGCGGGAAAGACGUCUCUGGCCUCCAGGUUUGCUCAGGAGGCCUUCGGAAAGCAGUACAAACAGACGAUGGGCCUCGAUUUCUUCCUCAAGAGAAUAACCCUGCCAGGUAAUUUGAAUGUCACGCUACAAGUUUGGGACAUCGGUGGUCAGACGAUUGGAGGGAAGAUGCUGGACAAGUAUAUUUACGGCGCUCAGGGGAUCCUUCUUGUCUAUGACAUCACGAACUAUCAGAGCUUCGAGAACCUGGAGGACUGGUACGGAGCGGUCAAGAAGGCGAACGAGGAGUCGGAGGUCCAGCCCGUCAUCGCGCUGGUCGGGAAUAAAAUUGACCUGGAGCACAUGAGGACCGUCAAAGCUGACAAGCACCAGCGCUUCUGCCAAGAGAACGGCCUCAUCAGUCACUUCGUCUCCGCCAAGACUGGCGAUUCGGUUUUCCUGUGCUUUCAGCGAGUGGCUGCGGACAUCCUGGGUGUGAAACUUACCAAGGCUGAGAUCGAGCAGUCCCAGAAAAUAGUGCGUGCCGAGCUGGUGGACUACCCCCACGACGACGCCCCCGUUAGACAGGAAACGAACCAGAGCAAAGUGUGCAGCGUCCAGUAGUACAGGUGCAUUGACACUCGUUCACGUGUGUGUCGCUGCACACACAGCAACCUUUUCUUGCGACCGCCAAAGUACACGUAGAGUUAAUAAUUACAGUAGUACUCGUUGUUUUAGUGCCCAAAAGUAAUAUGAGACUGACUAAAAAAUGUCUUUAAUCCCUUAGUGGUUUUUGGACAGGAAGAAUUGAUAUGGGUUGGAAAAUAUAACUGGUGGCGUUAAAACCCUUCUCCUAACAGCAAAACGGUUCUUGGGGACUCGUAGGUGUUGGAAAUUACCGGAACGUGUUUAAUUCUCCGUUUUCCUUGAAAGAUGUGUUAAAAAAUAUAUUUUUGACAGAACAUAAUUCGUUGCUGUCCAGAUGGAAGUGUCACUAAAGUACGUAGUGAUGGUAAAUGCGAGCACAACGUUGUUCACUCGUACUUCACUGCGGUAUCUUACCAUAUAUAGCGUGUGAAGCCAUGGUACUGUGUUGUACACAUACUCACAGCAUAGUAUUUACGUGGUAAAAUGGCUUCAACAGCAAAACAUUUGUCUGCUGACUUGUUUUGCACUUUACGUUGUUCAAGAUAUGUCAGAUAGAACUCGUUUUACCUAAUCGUUACACGAUUUUCGUUUUUCGGUGCAUUUCAAGUUUAUUCCCAGCACACUACACUUUCUAGUGUAUGUGCUAAACGUUGUCGCUGCACACUGUCCAAAAACAGCUCAUUUCCACGCUUUUCAACCUCUUGUAGAAUCACUUGUUUUCUUCAAUUCGUUUUAUUUUUCCUUUGUAUUCAAUCAGAUGGAAUUAAAGAAGGAAAGUUCCGGAAAGAAUUGAGAGCUGUGUAACGGUGUAACAUGAGUGUGACGUUGAGCGCCGCCGUUCUCCCUUUGGCCCCUCGAUGUGACGCUUCACCUCCUCUUCUGUUUUGCUUUUUUGUUUUGUGUCUCUCUCCUGUGUGUGUGUGCGUCUGUGUGUUGACAGCGCGUUGUGAAGGCAGACAUUGUGAACUACAGUCAGGAGCCUGUGGCUCGGACCGUGAACCCCCCGCGCAGCUCCAUGUGUGC